AUGGGGGAUAGUAGUGUGUACAGCAAGGCGGAGUCUGAUGCACACCAUCGCCGAGGAUAUCAGGCCUGUGAUCCAUGUCGCAAACGCAAGGUCAAAUGUGACCUAGGAACAACUCGCCGUAAGCGCAAGACCUCCGAUGCUGAGGAAGAUGAAGUGAAGGCAGCGGCGAUCCUCCAUCGCGACAAGCGAAUGAUGAUUGGGGAGGUGGCUAAAACUGAAAGUCCAGUUGAAGGCCCGCCAUUUGCGCCUUCCGAUCCGCCUCCGUUCGGACAUGAAGCCGUGCUUGCCCAACAAAGAUGGUCCGAGGCGCCUGCACCUCACGCACCUCCAGCACCUUCAGCACCUCCAGCCCCGCGUUACACGCCCAGUGUGCCAACAACACGAGCUCCCACAUACCCCGUCAGCGAACGCCCCGCGCCACCAAGUUAUGGUGGACCUCCGAUGAUGAACCGCACUGCGGUGGAGUUGCUGUCACCUGCAAUUACAAAUACCCAUGACGCUUUGCAUCUUCUCUCUGAAGCUGCGGGCAGAACAGAGGACCUCAACCGCCAGAGCCUCGAGAAUCGGCUUGCUGCACGGCAGUCUGUCUCGUCUUUUAACUCGGGGCCGUCCCCUCUACCUCAAGGCAGCUCGCCUCGGAGCUUGGGUGGGUCCUUUGUGCGGACACCUCGAUCAGGAAUGUCUAUGGGCGGGUCUACAUACUACCCGGCUGGUGCUUCGGGGCCGGUAGAUCCUCAGAUCGCCGAUCCUGGUCUCCAAAGGGAAAGCCCAGUCAACAACUCUCCCCCGGAGCCGAAUUUCCUUGAUGCAAUUCGAGCUUGGUCGCGAUUACGAUUCGUCCGUGCCGGUUGGCUUACAGUGGAGGAGGGCAUGGACUAUGUGGAGUAUUACUAUGAACACCUCGCACCGAUGAGCCCUGUUGUAAUCCCUGAUUUCUCUCAUCCCUCAACGCACCGCACAAUGCUUACCGAUGAGCCGGUCUUGGCGGUUACAAUCCUCACAAUCGCGUCUAGACACCUGAAACCGAAGGGUGAGGGUGCUAAUACGCGGGCGUUCUAUAUUCACGACCGUCUCUGGGCAUAUCUACGCAGCAUGAUAGAACGCCUGUUCUGGGGCCAAGAGAAAUUUGACGCUGGGACAUCGGGCAUUGGCCGACCUCGAUCGCUUGACUUGAGUUCAUCAAUGUCAGGCAAAGGUAGUGUGGGUGGGCAACUGAGGUCGUUGGGCACUGUAGAAGCUAUGCUACUUCUUACAGAGUGGCACCCACGAAACCUGCACUUUCCACCGGGGGACGAUGAAAAUUCUCUUUUGGACACGGAUCCCCAGACAUACAGCCGGGCCGAUAACCCCUUGGAUCAAGACAGCGAGAAUACCAGCAAAGGCUCAGAGGGAAGGGUCGCGUUUCAAAAAUGGCUGGAACCGGCCUGGCGGUCAGACCGGAUGUCAUGGAUGCUACUGAGUACGGCGCAAGCUCUGGCUUUUGAACUUGGCGUCUUCGACCCUAAAGGAGAUGCCAAGGUGACCAAUGAGCCACUAUCCGAGCAAACACGGAAACGUCGACUGCGGCGUUUGAUCCUUGUGUUUAUUACGCACAGUAGUGGGCGCCUAGGGAUUCCAUCUAUGCUCCCAUUGCCUCAAUGGGGGCAGGAUACCACGCCGACGUCUGCCGAUGCGAAGGAUGCUGAUGCCAAUCUUGAUCGGAUGCAGGAUUGCUGGAUCAGCAUUUCGAAAAUUGUCUAUCAGGCCAAUCAUUUGUUGUUUGCAUCCAGCGAUCAGACUAUGGAUUUGAUCCGGAGUGGAAGAUAUCGUGAGCAGAUCGACCGCUUUCAACCGUAUCUACGGGAGUUCCGGCAGCAGCUGGACAGUGUUACUCUCUCACCGGCUAUGCGGAGUGUUUUGCAGAUUGAGCUUGAGUACACCCGCCUUUAUAUAAAUUCCCUCGCUCUGCAAGCGGUCGUUGACCGAUGGACUACCAUGUCCAAUGAGUCCGCUCAGAGUCAAAACCAGACACAAAAUAGCCAACCAGUAUCGGGGCCCUCUAACAGCAGCAACAGUUGGUUUCAAACGUUGAAUGAGCUCUACCGUGUCAAUGAGCAUUAUAUUCAGGAAGUCAUCGAUUCCUCGCGCAAAAUUCUGCAGACUGUAUUGGAAGGCCUCGUCCCCGAAGGUCGUCUGAGACACGCACCUAUUCGAACUUUUUUCCGAAUCUUGUCUGGAAUGAUCUUCAUCUUGAAGACUUUCACUUUGGGUGCUAGAGAAGACGAUGUGCGAGUGUCUCUAGACCUGCAGGACCGUACGGUGGAGGCACUGCGCAAUUAUGUCGUGGAUGAUGUGCACCUGAGCAACACGGUAGCUCGGCUUCUCGAGCUUCUCACUAGCAGCAUUCGGACGCGUUUUCUGCGCUUUGCACCGCAUGACCGGGGCGCAGACGGAGAGGGACAUGAUCGUACCUCGGGGCCUCAUUCGCCAUCGCGUGACCAUUCAACAACUCGUCGUGACGGCCCGAAUGCACCUUGGUCCGCUAACCAGGGCCAUGAUACAACGUCGGGCGGGUCGGGCCUAGGAUAUACGGACACUCCUAGCACUGGCCACCCGAUAGUGUCAGGGCAUGAUCCACUGGCGAACAUCCCUGCCCAGCCGAUCAACUCAUCCAACCUCAAUGUAUCCUUCAUGCCGCCUCCGCCGUCCGUGUACCACAACUACUAUGAGUCAAACUCGACAUUUCCCGCCAACGAGAUGGACAGAUCAUCGCCAAAUCAAGCCACGUCAUCACAGACCAUGGGCGACAGCCACCAUUCUGCCUCCGGUGCGCUUCCGGAUUGGUUUGCUCUGCCUCUUGAUCAAUUCUUCAACAGCUCCACGGGGGUUGUUGACCAGGGUCUGGGUGGGACUGGACCCAUGCUUGGUGAGUUCGAUAUGCUCGAGGUACUCCUCAAUGAGGGGUAUGAUGGGAACACUAACGGUGAGGGUGAGACCGGGGCCGGACUAUCGUCCCAGUAUCUGUGA